AUGGCAUGUGUACAGCAAAUGAGAAAUUCACAGGAUACUCAGCUGUUGCCGAAUCAGGUUCUCACGGAGCAGCAGUCCUUGGUUGUUAUAAAGAAGCUUCUGGCCAUCGCCGUCUCUGGCAUCACAUACCUCCGAGGUCUUUUCCCGGAGAAAGCCUACGGGAGCAAAUAUGUUGAAGAGCAGAAAGUGAUGAUCCUCAGAGAAGAGCGCAGCUGUCCCGGUGCCAGUCAGAUUGUUCAGUGGAUGCAGGGAUGCUUCGAGGCCAUCCAGAAGAAAUAUCUGCGGACAGUUAUCAUGUCUAUCUACACCGACCCAGAGAAUCCUCAGAAAGUGACUGAAUUCUACCAGUUUAAGAUCCAGUAUACUUCAAAAGGAGCACAGAUGGACUUUGAAAGCGACAACAAGGUGUCAACGAUGUCAUGCGGCAACACUAAGAAGGCGAGCAUCCUGUUGGUGAGGAAACUCUACACGCUGAUGCAGAACCUCGGCCCUCUGCCCGACAGCGUCUGCCUCAACAUGAAGCUGGCUUACUAUGACAACGUCACUCCUCAGGACUAUCAGCCGCCGGGCUUCAAGGAGGCCGACGGCGACACCAUGGAGUUUGAGAAGGAGCCGGUCAAACUCAACAUGGGUGAAGUGAUGACGCCGUUUCACACUGUGAAGCUGGACAUGGCGACGGAGAGACAGAGACUGGAGCAGGUGGAGGGGAGCAUUCACGAGACGGAGAAGUGGGUCCUAAAAAUGGAGGAGGAGAGCGCUCUGUCUCAGAGUCAUGUGAUUGAAGACGUGGAGAAUCCUGAGAACAGGAACACGGACUUGGACAACACCGCCACUCAGGCAGCACUUUACGCACCAUCUGUCCGCUCUCAGAUGGACACUCUGGUGAAGAGGACCUCUGACAUGGAGGUGGGACUGAAGAGGACCAGGAGUGGACGGAUCAUCAAGUCUACUACGACAAACGUGACUGUGAGCAACAAGAAGACGACAGCUAUGAAGGACAAAGCGGUUUCUCAGUAUGACAUCCCCAACAGUCAGGAAACGCCGUCUACGUCUGCAUCUGCGUGUCGGAAGAAACGCAAAUUCAGCGAACCCAAAGAGCGCUACUGA